UAAUACUGUAUGGACAUAGAGUGCGCUGGUUGGGACGUGUAUUGAAUUGUUCAAGAAUGUACAAUACUCCGUAUGGACAAUACACACGCCUCGUGGAAGGGAGAUCGUUGAGAUCUUGUACUGUGUAGUGUAGUUGUGUAUACCAAUUCGCCGUUCAAGGAGAGCGCGGAAUGCACAAUGAAGGAGAAAAAGGAUAAGCGAAGGUGAUGGCUUCAUGCGCAAGGAGUAUUGGAAUGGCAAAGGCACAAACCCUUUGCCCCCCUUUUUUGGUGGAACGCUGCACCGGCAGAGAACAAGGUUCGGGAAUGUCCGCGUGGCAAACGGCCCGUCUAAGCAGAUGGCGCCGAUACCAACGGCCCGUUUCCUCCCCUAUCCCAGAUUGCCGCGUGUGGGGGAAAUUGUCGCGCUGUCAGCGCGUUGGGAUAGUAGGAUGGACACAUUGUCGGAUGAAAGCUCACCUGUUCCGGAAAAUCGGAGUAAGACCCUACUUGGUUUCGCGUAUGAGGUAUCAGAAGGGACAGAAACGUGGCUCUAGCUUAAUUAAUUCGCGUGAUGGUAGUCGGGGAGACAGAGGUGAGAAUCCGGGGUUUGGAGGUCGUUUGCGCUUGUCAUGGCCGAGCCCGCCUCCCCUCGCACACCAUCGUUCGCAAUCAUAUUGUAGUUCCUGCAGCGCGGUCGGGCAUAUAGGUACAGUUUGCGGUGAGCUUGGACCACGGUUUGGCCUGCAAUCCAGCGUUCCAUCAACAGACCCGAAAGCUGCGAUGGCCCGCCGCGAUGUAACUGCUGGUAGACGGGUUGAUAUGUGCAAGUGGGCGGGAUUUCCGCUGGAGGCUCUUCGCCUAUCCCAAAUCCCGUGAAUCGGUGCUGCCGCUCCUAAAUUGAGGAAGAGAUAUGCGCUAGAGACAAGCGCAGAUGUCGAUGGCAACGACUGAGACUCACGACGCCGCAUCCAUAGCACCA